GGUCUAACAAAAUUUGAUUUGAAUCUAUUUCUAAAAUAUACUAAUCAAUUAGGGUCAGAUUGGUUCUCUUGUUUUCUUAGAUCAGAGCUAAGCUUGAGUUGAAGGACCGUUAGCCCAGAGGCGGUUUGAAAGGUCCCCACCCUAACUUCCCUUUUCUCGAUAAAGGAAAGAAAUCGCAAAAGAAACUUUUGCUCGUCAGUGCUCUGCUCUUAUAUUAGAAAGAGGAUGGAGCUGCUAAUAGUGCUUUCCCUCACCAACUCGUCUCUGUCUUUCCUUUCCCUUAUCUUCUUCUCCACAAUUUGCUGCUCAUCCACUGCAUGAAAAGCUAUGCAGAUGGAAAGCUCGUCAGCUUCUUCGCGUGUCGAGUCUUUUCCAAUCGGGCUUAGAGUUCUUGUUGUCGACGACGACCUAACAUGGCUGAAAAUUCUCGAAAAGAUGCUCCGGAAAUGCUCUUAUGAUGUUACUACGUGCUGCAAAGCAAGAGCUGCUCUUGAUCUUCUACGUGAAAGGAAAGAUAGAUUUGACAUUGUAAUCAGUGAUGUUAAUAUGCCCGACAUGGAUGGUUUCAAGCUUCUUGAGCACGUUGGACUUGAGAUGGAUUUACCAGUUAUAAUGAUGUCGGUAGAUGGUGAAACAAGUAGGGUUAUGAAAGGUGUUCAACAUGGUGCCUGUGAUUACCUUCUUAAGCCCAUCAGAAUGAAAGAGUUAAGGAACAUAUGGCAACAUGUUUAUAGAAAGAGAGUACAUGAGGUGAAAGAUAUGGAGUUUCAUGAUAUCAAUGAUGAUAUUCAUAUCCUAAGAAGUGGGUUUGAAAAUUUUGAUGACAGACUAUUUAUGAGUACAUCCGAGAUGAUCUCUUUAAGGAAACGAAAAGAUGUGGACACAAGAGAUUUUAGUGAUCAAGAUCUUUAUGAUUCUGCAACGGUGAAGAAAGCCAGAGUGGUUUGGUCUGUUGAGCUUCAUCAAAAAUUUGUAAAUGCUGUGGAUCAGAUUGGUUUUGAUAAAGUUGGUCCAAAAAAAAUACUUGAUUUGAUGAAUGUGCCUGGGUUAACAAGAGAAAACAUUGCCAGCCACUUACAGAAAUAUCGCAUGUACUUAUGUAGACUACAGAAGCAGAAUGAAGCUAGAGAUUUUACUGGCAAUAAGCAGCCUGAUCACUCUCCAGAGGAUCAUUCAGUGAGCCUUGGCAUUCAGAACCCUAGAAGUUCCCAUCACAAUGGUGGAGGGCACAAAUCUCAAAAUAUCCAAGGGCUGGAAAUGAUAGAUGAUUUUCAAGAAAGUGAAUUAAACAAACCAGACUUCCUUCCAGUAAAGGAUAAGAAAGAAGAUCUUCAUUCCCAAAAGGCAAAUAAUUCUCCUCUGCCAGGUCCACCGCUGCAAAAAGGAUGGCAUGAAAGCGUUCUACUAAGACAAUUCAUGCAAUAUCCAAAGCAUGAUCAUGAGCCAUUUAGCUUGUUGGAAGACCACUCACACCCUACACAAACCGAAGAACCUCUUGUCUCAAUUAUUAGCAAUGAGAAAGAAGGAACCGAAUUCGAUAUCAAACCUUCGGUAGUAAAUCGUAAAGACUGCCACAUGAAAAUCAUAUCAACAUAUGAAGAUGACUCGGUUUCAACUCAGGUGGAGCAUGUUAAUUCCAAAGUGUUUGGAGCAGCAUAUGAACAUAACAAAUUAGUGGGUUCAAAGGAGCAGCAAUAUGAGCAAUCUAGAGUUCAUGAUUUGAUUCCUCCUUCAAUAUAUCUUAAUACAAAGAAUGAAAUAGAUUUGAUUGCAUUACCUGAAGACUUGAACCUGCCUUACCUUCAGGGAAUUGGUUGUGUUGAGAAUGUUGGCUUCAAUGGCAUGGAGUUACACCAGUAUAAUAGUUGUGCAUCACUUACAGAGCUACAGAAUAAUUCGUAUGAUGAAAUUGAACUCAACUGUGAGUAUUGGUAUGAUCCUUUGGAAUACCCUUUUCUAGAUGAGUGCCUUUUUGCAUAAUAAUUGAGUGUUUUAUUCAUAAAGAAGGUUCAUGUUUGAGAAAUUUAUGUAUGGGACACUUUUUUGGGAACUAAUAUCUUUCACUCUGCCUCAAAUUUCAUGGACUAAUGUCUCUAACUUUUCUGUUUGUUUUCGGUAUUAUAUUGACUAUGUAUGUAGAAAAGUGUCAUGAACGUAUAAAAUAUUCCUCUCGAAAAUUAUUUUAAUGGUUA